CCGCCCUCGCGCUCAAGCUAUAUAAGGAACGCUGCUCACGGCUCCGGUCUUUUUCGCAACGGGUUUGCCGCCGCUUCAGAGGUGUUUUACCUGAAGUGUGAGAGAACCAUCCACUAAACAUCUAAAAUGGGAAAGGAAAAGACCCACAUCAACAUUGUUGUCAUUGGACAUGUUGAUUCUGGCAAGUCAACCACCACUGGUCAUCUGAUUUACAAAUGUGGUGGCAUUGAUAAGAGGACCAUUGAGAAGUUUGAGAAGGAAGCUGCUGAGAUGGGCAAGGGCUCCUUCAAGUAUGCCUGGGUUUUGGACAAGCUGAAGGCAGAACGUGAGCGUGGUAUCACUAUUGAUAUUUCACUGUGGAAAUUUGAAACCAGCAAGUACUAUGUCACCAUCAUUGAUGCCCCUGGACACAGAGACUUCAUCAAAAACAUGAUUACUGGUACCUCCCAAGCUGACUGUGCUGUCUUGAUCGUUGCUGCUGGUGUUGGUGAAUUUGAAGCUGGUAUCUCUAAGAAUGGGCAGACCCGUGAGCAUGCUCUUCUGGCCUACACUCUGGGUGUAAAACAACUUAUUGUUGGUGUUAACAAAAUGGAUUCUACUGAGCCACCUUACAGCCAGAAGAGAUAUGAGGAAAUUGUCAAAGAAGUUAGCACCUACAUUAAAAAAAUUGGUUACAACCCAGAUACCGUGGCUUUUGUACCAAUUUCCGGAUGGAAUGGAGAUAACAUGUUGGAGCCCAGUUCAAAUAUGCCUUGGUUUAAAGGAUGGAAAGUGACCCGCAAAGAUGGCAAUGCUAGUGGUACUACCCUGCUGGAAGCUCUGGAUUCCAUCUUGCCACCAACUCGUCCAACUGAUAAGCCUCUGCGUCUUCCUCUUCAGGAUGUCUACAAAAUUGGUGGGAUUGGUACUGUUCCAGUUGGUCGUGUGGAAACUGGCAUUCUAAAACCAGGCAUGGUGGUAACAUUUGCUCCUGUUAAUGUUACAACUGAAGUAAAAUCUGUUGAGAUGCAUCAUGAGGCUCUAAGUGAAGCUUUGCCUGGAGACAAUGUUGGCUUCAAUGUGAAGAACGUAUCUGUUAAAGAUGUUCGUCGAGGAAAUGUUGCUGGUGACAGUAAAAAUGAUCCCCCAAUGGAAGCUGCAGGGUUUACAGCACAGGUUAUUAUUCUGAACCACCCUGGCCAAAUUAGUGCUGGCUAUGCCCCUGUGCUGGAUUGCCAUACUGCUCACAUUGCCUGCAAAUUUGCUGAACUGAAGGAAAAGAUUGAUCGUCGUUCUGGUAAGAAACUGGAAGAUGGCCCCAAAUUCCUCAAGUCUGGAGAUGCUGCCAUUGUUGAUAUGAUCCCAGGCAAGCCCAUGUGUGUCGAGAGUUUCUCUGACUAUCCUCCACUGGGUCGUUUCGCUGUUCGUGACAUGAGACAGACGGUUGCUGUUGGUGUCAUCAAGGCAGUGGAUAAGAAAGCAGGCGGUGCUGGCAAGGUCACAAAGUCUGCCCAGAAGGCUCAGAAGGCUAAAUGAAAAUUCUGUACAUCUGCCACCUCAGUCUUAAUCAGUGGUGGAAACAUGGUCUCAGAACUGUUUGUCUCAAUUGGCCAUUUAAGUUUAAUAGUAAAAGACUGGUUAAUGAUUACAAUGCAUCGUAAAAGCUUCAGAAGGAAAGGAAUGUUUGUGGACCAUUUGUUUCGUGGCAGUUUAAGUUAUUAGUUUUUAAAAUCAGUAACCUUUUUUAAAAUGGAAACAACUUGACCAAAACCUGUCACAAAUUUUGAGACCAUUAAAACAAAGUUUAAUGCAAAGUCUCUGUGUUCUUUGGGGUUAAUAAAAAGUGUAACUAACUUGGACUUCUUGCAUUUAAACUGAGGGAAAAGGUUAAAAAAAGUUUGACAGUUCAUUACAAUAUUUCUAAAGGUAUUGCAACACAAAGUGCUUAGGUGGCAAAAUGAUUUUACAACCUGUGCCAACAUUCAGAACGGAACUGUUAUCCAGAAGUUCUACCAUCCUAUGCUACGCAGUAAUAGGUGAGCCUAAGCCCAUUAAAAUAGAAUUGCAGCCUUCAUAGCUUUAAAUUUUGCGUUUAAGGAAGCAAAGCACAGAAUUAUUUGCUUAUUCCUUAUAAUUCAGCUAUUACUGUGUGGUGUAGUUAUGACUUGACGUUCAGUGAUCACUUUAUUGUGAGUGUUGCUGGUUUGAUAGUAUUCUGUUUUAUUACUCCAUACGAGGAUUAGAAAUCUUGCUUUGAUUCAGUAUUUCUCAAGCUAGUAAUACAAAAUGCAAUGCUAUGCAUUAAUUUUGUUCAGAAAACUUUGAUUUCUUAUUCAAGCGUGUUGCUGCUAACUUCUUAAGGCUCUGAAUAGUUGGGCUAUACUUCAUUGAGGUUUGAUUUUGUUCCUAGAUUAGUUUCUUAAAAUCAUGAUAUAUGAAUUUUCAAAUAGGACAAGUUAGCAAGUUUAUUUGAGAGGAGUGCUUAUCCCUACCAAUACGAUGUACCCAGCAAAAUGAGGCCUAUAUGUGCUGUCAGAAAAGGCCUUAUAUGGUCAAAUGAUAGGCAUUCCCUUGAAGCAAAUCCUUGCCAACAGUACUAUUAGAAGAAGACUUUGCUAUGGGACAUCUUGGUUACUGAAGAUUUUAAAUUGCUUGCAUUGGCUAUGCUCUGGACAUAGGGAAAAUAGCAAUUUGUAGCUUUUCUGUGUUCACAGCGUUAAUGGGUCAUGCUUUGUGAAUACACACGUACUAUAAUUUGGUUUCUGUGAGUCUUUAAAUAGAGGACAUGACAAUGUUUUUUCUAUAAUGAAAGGCUAUUUAAACUUUGUUUUAAUCACAGAUAACAAUUCUGUGUUUGGUAACUGAUACUAGUACUUAAAAGGAACAAUCCAGCAAAUAGAGGGCUGCUAAGUUCAGUAAGAGUUGAGCAUAUGGUUGACUCUUGUGUAGGGAACAUGGGACUUAAAUGUACUCCACUUCAUCGCAUGCUUAGAACAUAAAACCCAUCAGCCAAUCUUCUGACACUCGAGAAUAGUGUUACUGAAAUACAAAAACCACAACUUGAAUUAAUAGGGAUGUUCCAGUACCUCAAAGGCACAUUGCUGGACAAAUUAGAAAAAAUUGGGUGCUGUAACCAUUUUUCUACACUGUUAUGGUCUUACUGGGUCUUGUCAUUUCUAAAGCAAAAUCUUGGCAAUUAAGCAGAGAUUGAAAAAGGUGCAUAAAAUGCUUUUUUGACACUUGUUUUGACUACAUAAAGAAUUUGAGUGUUAACUGUUGCCUUUAUCAGCAUUCUGCUUGUGUGAAAAGACAAAAUGUAAAGCUGUGCUGAAAUGGCAUGAAAAACGAGUUUAAUGAGUUGAGUUUAAUGAGACCAGGUUAUAAAGUAGUCUUGAAAAGUGUUAGUGCUAAAGGGUGGAAAACUUAAGGGUAAAGUUGAUCUCAAAGUUUAUAGUACAUCAAUUACACUUUCAGUGUGGGAGUGAGAACAAUUUAAACCUUAACUUGAGUUUGUAUAUGUAUUAUGUAUUGGAGCAAACGGUGGUUUGACUUGACCUGUGCUAAAUAAUACCUUUGGUUAUUAAACCCAAAUUACUUUUAAACUGACAUUUGGAUACUUGUCUGGCAAUUCCCUUUCUUAGUUUAGUUUUGCUUUCCAGUGAGUAUGUGAUUGGGUUAAUGGAAAAUGCUGAAAUUUGUAAGUAAACACAUUUGGAGUUUAGUUUCUUCAAUAAAUUUUAAGUCUAGAACUA